UACCUUCCCUCUCUUUCUCUGGAGAGCACACAUAUACCUUGUAACAACAACUAAAAAACAAACAAACAACAAAAAACCUUUUUUAUUGUACUUGAUGUCUUCCUUCUGCCAGCUUUUGGGAAAUAGGAACAAUAGGCAUCUCUCUCUCCUCAUCCUCAGUCUUUAAUUUGUGUAAUGUCCCAGAACACCUUCCUUAUAACAUCUGUCUCCCCGCUCUUGCAUAUGCCUGAAUAAUAAGCCAAAGAUUGUCUUAUAACCAAAAAAUGUGGUUUCUACUUAAUUCUACUAAGGGAGCCAGAUCCCGCAUGACUGACCAUGGUUUGAAUCCCAGCUCCAGUGGCUUGAAAAACAUUCUGGGCACUUGUGUGCAUAUUCCCCAAACCCCAACAGAAUGGAGAAACGGAGAAGCGGGGAUUGUGCCCUUGGAGGGUUGCUUUCUCCCUCUCCCUCCAUCUCUGGCAACCACACAUUGCCCUCUUGCAAAAAGAGGCUCUAAGGAGUAUGCAGGAGGACAGCGCUCUAGCUAGCUAGCCUAGAAAACGUGCUCUCAAAACCCGCCCCCACGCAGGAGGCAGGGUUUUUCUUUGGGGCAAACCCGCUGGUUGGGAGGGGAGGUGGCAAAACCUGUUUGAAGAUGAGGUUACCUCCCUUCCACACCUCCCUCCUUGGAAGCAAGGGCACCAACAGCUGAGACAGAAACGGGGAAGGGCCAAGGGGCUGGGACACCCAGCUCCCGACAGCGGAAGCCGGAAGCCUAUCGAGACGGGAGAACGUGUGAAGAUGGGGACCGUACAAGAGGCAGAAAAAAAGACAUUAGAUAUUGGGGUCGGGGAGAAUGCAGAAGCAGCAGAGCCAGGAGCAGCCCUGAGCCUUGGGGAACUGGAGCUGAAGGAGGAAUGGCAGGAUGAUGAAUUCCCUCGAUUGCUUCCUGAGGAGGCUGGCCCUUCUGAAGACCCUGAGGACCCCAACAGAGACUCACAGGCAGGUACCCCCAGCACCUUAGCGCUGUGUGGCCGGCGCCCCAUGCGUAAGCGUCUUUCCGCCCCCGAGUUGCAGCUGAGUCUGACCGAGGGGCCUGGAGUUAAAGGAGCCUCUCCCAUCCACUCUGCACCUUCCUCUCCUGAUGGCAGUUCUGACUUGGAGAUAGAUGAAUUGGAGACGCCUUCAGACUCCGAGCAGCUGGACAGUGGACACGAAUUCGAAUGGGAAGAUGAUCUACCCCAGGCAGAGGGUCUAGGGGCCAGUGACGCAGCAGAAAGGCUGGGCCGAGGUUGUGUGUGGGAUGUGGCUGGAGAAGAUGGUCAUCGCUGGAGGGUAUUCCGUACAGGACAGCGGGAGCAGCGAGUGGACAUGACUGUCAUUGAACCCUAUAAGAAAGUCCUAUCUCAUGGAGGUUACCAUGGUGAUGGCCUCAAUGCUGUCAUCCUCUUUGCUUCCUGUUAUCUUCCCCGGAGCAGCAUCCCCAACUACACCUAUAUCAUGGAACACCUAUUUAGGUAUAUGGUGGGCACCCUGGAGCUGCUGGUAGCUGAAAAUUAUCUGCUUGUUCACUUGAGUGGAGGCACGGCCAGGGCCCAAGUCCCACCUCUGAGCUGGAUACGCCAGUGUUACCAUACCCUGGAUCGACGGCUCCGGAAAAACCUGCGAGCCCUGGUGGUUGUCCACGCGACAUGGUAUGUGAAGGCAUUUCUGGCCCUGCUUCGGCCCUUCAUCAGUUCCAAGUUCACACGAAAGAUUCGAUUUCUGGACAGCCUGGGGGAGCUGGCCCACCUCAUCUCCCUGGACCAAGUCCACAUCCCUGACGCUGUCAGACAGCUGGACCAGGAACUCCAUGGCUCAGGAGGGACCUAGCACAGGCUUGGCUGGAUACAGAGCUUCAGAACCAAGCAGACAGUGAUCUGCCUACACCCUAAUCCCCAAAACAUCUGAACUGUCCCGAUAUAUCUCAUCCUCAGCCGCCGUUCCACUGGGUCUUCAGUUCUCCAUGGGAUGCCAUCCCUCAAGGUCCUGCCUUCAGGAGAGUCAUGAUGGCAAAAUCAUGACCCUUGCCAUCCCUCAAAGACCCUGCCUUCAGAAGGGUCAUGACUUUGAGGUUGGGAUCCUGAUCUGCUGGGUGACUUCCAUUUCAGCUGGCCAGGGGGAAGGCUGAGUAUAGUGGCAUUUUGCAGGGGGAGUGCAGAGCCUUGGGUUUUAAACCUGCCUUAGCUGUAGAACCUUGGGCAAAUGCUCCACCUAACGAUGCCAUCUCUCAGGGUCUUCUUUUCCUCCUCUGGGGGUGAAGGGAUUGCGAUCCUUUCUACGGGAGAAGGGUGGUAUUUUAGCAGUCUGUGAAGGGCAAGGGGUGGAUGGAAAGAGCCUGCCUGGUGCUAGCCCAGCAUCUUGAAGAUCUCCAAGAAGAUACCGUUGUAUGCUGGUCUCCUUCCGAGACAAGCCUGCCGCUGGUGCGCCCGGGGAGCGCUUUCCAAGCCUGUACUGUUGCCUUCUUCGCAAACUCCGGUCUGUAGUGGCUAAUAAACGGUGAUGAGAGAUUUAAGCGCUGCCCCAGGUAGUGAACCGCUUUCCCCCAGCCCUUACAUCACAAUCCGCCUUUGGGUUCUGGCCCGGAGUUCUUGCUGCAGAGGUUCUCCGGGGAUUUUCGCUGGGCCCCUGGGGCUGUGGGAGCGCCCCGCUGAGAGAGGACAGGACGUGGGGGAGGGGCGUGGCGCGUGCCCCAGCCCCCCCGCGGGCCUCGGUUCAAACGCCUGGGAGGUCGAGAGCCAGCUGAAGGGAGGGAGAAAAGCUAGGAG